AUGCAUCGGUUCGUGGCCACUUUCAAACUGUUCCGGCGGGGAGCACAUACCAUCCCGAAGCAUCUCGAAGCCAUUCCCAACGAGCGAGAUCCACCAUUCUCCAAGAUGGUAGAAUAUUGCUUCCACAAGGCAUGUAUCGUGCUCGAGCCACAACUAAUUGAAUCGAUGAACAAGUAUCCUUCGAUGACGGCGGAAAAGCGCAUCAACAGAGUGCAGGCCAUUCUGAAAAUCAUCUCCAAUAACUCGAGCACAUUGGAGUUCCAGUUCCCUUUCGUGCGGGACGACGGUCAGUAUGAGAUGGUUACGGCAUUUCGGGCCCAUCAUUGCCUCCAUCGGCUUCCGGUCAAGGGAGGUAUUCGAUACUCGCUGAACGUGUGCAAGGACGAAGUCGAAGCACUCUCGGCACUGAUGACCUUCAAGUGUGCCUGCGUCAACGUACCGUUCGGAGGUGCCAAAGGUGGGAUAAUAAUCGAUCCAUCCAAGUAUAGCGAAAAAGAAUUACAAAGCAUCACUAGACGCUACACGGUGGAGCUGGCGAAGAAGAACUUUAUUGGACCCGGCAUUGAUGUACCCGCGCCGGACAUGGGUACUACCUCACGCGAAAUGUCCUGGAUUGCCGAUCAGUAUGGGAAAACUUUCGGACAUCGUGACAUCAACACGAUGGCCGUCGUUACCGGUAAACCAUUGAACCAAGGCGGUGUUCGAGGUCGUACGGAAGCCACGGGCAAAGGUGUUUAUAUUGCGACUAAUUGUUUCACGCGCGAAGCUAGCUGGAUGCGCGAAAUCGGGCUCGAGCCGGGCCUGGAAGGAAAGACUGUCAUUGUGCAGGGUUUCGGAAACGUUGGGCAGUAUGCGGCCGAACAUUUCCAUAAGGCAGGCUGCAAAGUGAUAGGCAUUAUUGAAAGGGAUGUUUCAUUGCACUGCAAGUCGGGUAUCGACAUUAAAGCGCUGAGCCGUUACAAGACCCAACAGAAGACCAUCAAAGGAUAUCCGAAGGCAAACGAGUUCAACGGCGAUUUGCUGUUGGAAGAAUGCGAUAUUCUUAUACCAGCAGCGAUGGAAAAAACAAUCACCUCCGAAAACGCCAAACAUAUAAAGGCAAAGAUCAUUGCGGAGGGAGCGAACGGUCCUACGACGCCGGCAGCCGAUAAAAUACUACAGGAACGCCGCAUUCUCGUCAUUCCCGAUCUCUAUUGCAAUGCCGGCGGUGUAACCGCAUCGUACUUUGAGUACCUCAAAAAUAUUAAUCACAUCUCGUUCGGUAAGCUAUCGUUCCGUCACGAGGCUCAGAACUUGCGUGAAGUGCUCGCCUCCGUGCAGGAGUCCUUGCGAAGUGCGGGAGUGUGCGUUACUGUAACACCUAGCAAACAUCUUAAGCAUUACUUUGAGCAUGCGAGCGAGGCCGAUGUCGUAACGUCCGGGUUACAGUUUGUACUAGAAACGGCUGGGAAAGGUAUAAUGAAUGUAGCAUCCCAGCACCAACUGUGUUUGGACCUUCGUACCGCGGCCUACAUUUGGUCGGUGGAGAAAAUUUUCAAAUCUUACGAAGAAGCGGGACUUUCCAUGUAA